AUGGUUAUCGGCGCUAAGAAAGUGGGCGUGUCCCUACUCGCCUUAUUUGCUACCCUGGCUGCCGGUGAGGUUUUCCAAGACGAGCCUCAACAACUAUGGAACGCAUCCAUGGUUCUCGCCAACACCGGCACCCUUGAUUCUCGCGACCUCUUUGGGCUUGAGCGCAGGGUCUGGGAAUGCGAUGUUGGAUACAGUGAAUGUGCCUAUGACACGUCUCGUUGUUGUCAAACGGGCACCAGCUGCUGCGGGAAUGGGAUGGAAUUGCUGCGGGAACGCAGGAUACUGCUCCCCGUCGGUGGCGAGUGUUGCAAUGGGGGGUACUACUGCCGAGCAGGCAAGCAUUGUCGUAUCUACAAUGGCGAGAAAGUGUGUUGUCCUUCGUCGGGAUGCUCUGGCGAAAGUGAUAGCGGAAGCUUGGGUAGUACCCUCACUCUAAGCGAGACGGAGACUGCGAGUGUCACUGCGACAUACUCGUAUACCUAUGCCGAUUACGAUUAUUACUAUACGACUUACUACUGGACUUACUGGUUCUACUUCUGGACCUCCUAUUCUCCCUAUACUGUUAAGACAGUGACUUCGACACGCACUACAACUACCACUAUUUGGUCUGCCUAUGUGACCGAUAGUGCCGAUGCCAGCUCUUCAUUUUCAUACAGUAUCUCUUUCUAUUCCGACUAUAUUCCUGCCUCUGCAACCUCGCUGAAGAGCUCUUCUGAGCCUGUCACAAUUGCAGUGGCAACUGCUGCCCCCACUAGCGGAGGCUCUAGCGGAGGCUCUUCGUCCAAUGAAGGUGGCGGCGUGCCUGGUUCCGCGAGUGGACUAUCGGCUGAUUGGCACAUGGUCUUGAUGGGAGCUGCCCUGGCAGGUGUGUUUGGUGGUCUGGCUUUCGGAUUAUAA